AACGCCGACUGCCGCAAAGCCACCUGUGGUAAAGCACCCAGGAAGCAACUGGCUACGAAAGCCGCUCCCAAGAGUGCGCCCUCUACUGGAAGGGGGAAGAAACCUCAUCGCUACAGUCCCGGUACUGUGGCGCUCCGUGAAAUUAGACGUUACCAGAAGUCCACUGAAGUUCUGAUUCGCAAACUUCCUUCCCAGCGUCUGGUGCGAGAAAUUGCUCAGGACUGCAAAACAGAUCUGCGCUUCUGGAAUACAGCUAUUGGUGCAUUGCAGGAGGCAAGUGAGGCCUAUCUGACUGGCCUUUUUGAAGACACCAACCUGUGUGCUACCCAUGCCAAACGUGUAGUAAUUAUGCCAAAAGACAUCCAGCUAGCACAAUGCAUAUGUGGAGAACGUGCUUAAGAAUCCACUAUACUGAGAAAAUAUUUCAUUCUCAAAAAAAA